AAAAUUAUCCUCAUUAUUCAUUAAACGCGAGCACAGCCACCCUGCAUCCACCGUUCGUCGGAGUUGCCUGCCAAGCCGAGCGACCUUUACUCCGUCGGAGGAGGCCAAUCGUUGACGUCCCGCUGGUUUUAGUAAGAAGACCUUGUUAUGGCAACAGCAACAUAUCCGCCGCCACCGCCCUAUUACAAACUCUACAAAGAUUAUUUGCGAGACCCUAAAUCAGCUCCAGAGCCUCCCCCUCCUAUAGAAGGGACUUAUGUUUGUUUUGGAGGCAAUUACACUACUGAUGACAAUCUACCAAGUUUGGAAGAGCAGGGAGUGCGCCAACUCUAUCCUAAGGGUCCUGAUGUUGAUUAUAAGAAGGAGCUGAGAUCACUUAAUGGAGACUUGCAGCUACACAUUUUGGAGCUUGCUGAUAUUCUCAUUGAGAGACCUUCACAGUAUGCUAGAAGAGUAGAAGAAAUAUCUCUAGUAUUCAAGAACCUGCAUCAUCUUCUAAAUUCACUGCGCCCGCAUCAGGCAAGAGCAACAUUGAUUCACAUUUUAGAACUUCAAAUACAGCGUCGUAAACAAGCAGUGGAGGACAUAAAGAGAAGGAGAGAGGAAGCAAGGAGACUUCUUAAUGAAGCCCUAGCAACACUAGAUGGCAAUUAGAGCGUCAUUUUAUGCUUGCUUCCGAAGAUGGCUACUGUGUUUCCAUUCUGACCCAUUGGAGGCUCUGUAAUGCGAGGCCGUGGGAGCCUUAAGGCCCACCACAAGUAUUCAUGAUAUCAUUUUCAUAUUUACUAAUUUUCUUUUUUGAAGUGAAUUUAUGGUUUAAAUUUUGUGAAAAAUUAUAUAAUUCAUAGAAAAAAGCCUUUUGAUAAAAUUUUUAA